UGUAGUGGGAUUUGUUGUUAUUGUUCUGUUUAACCUUUCAGCAUCACGUAGUUAAAACACCGCAGGUCUGAGACAUUUCAAAUGGGUGAAACCGGUGAAGUCCAAUCUCCCGUUUCGACCUCAGAGAAACCGAAAAAGCAAGCGAGCUCCAGGAACUUGAAGCGGAAGUUUUCAGGUGACGAAGAAGAGUCUCCGCUCGAAAACAACAACAGGAGUCUCAGACGGUCCCUGCGAAGAGGAAGCUCCUUCACCUUCAUCACCCCAGUACCACAAUGGGAUUUCAGUCUGAAGCGGAAGCGCAGAGAGAAGGAUGACAGCGAUGCAGUCAGCCUCUGCAGCUUCGACUUUAAGGCUGUUUUUGUCCUGCGCCCACAUGAGAGGGAUUAG